AUGGCUCUUGCGCUCUUCCUCUCGCCCAGCACUUUCGUUCUAAUCGCUGGCUGGUGCCUCGUGGCUCCGUUGCUGGCGCUGCACUCUUCACGACGUGAACUCGCUCCUCUCUAUGCGUCUCUCAGUCUCCACGUCCUCUCUCCAAUCGUCUCCCCGUCUCUCUCGUCACCGCUGCACUCGGCAGUCAUCACACUCACUGUCUUUGCACUUGCGCUCGCCUGGAUCGUGUCCGUGCUCUUUCCCUGGCCAGACUUGUCCCAAUUGCACGGACCCUACAGGACCAUCGGCUGUCGCGCUGUUCGUCUCGGCGGCAUCGAGUGCCGCGUCUUCUAUCCCUCCACAGCCUUGGACGAGUCAGCGAGUCCCAUUCAUCCAGACGGUGUCGCUACCAAGCGCUUUGUGCCGUACUUACAUCAUGGCCACCACAUCAUGAAGGGGCUCAGCAGCUCUCAAAACCUGCCGGCGUGGCUCUUCCACAACAUGAGCAACGCCCACUUAGGUGCACUUCAAGAUGCUCCGAUCGCUUCAAGAACUUUGUCAAGUGCUGGCUGGCCCGUGGUCAUCUUCAGCCAUGGACUUGCAGGAUCGCUGGAACUCUACUCGUGUGUGAACCAGGAGCUCGCGAGUCAUGGCUACGUGGUCGUGGUACCCAAUCAUUGCGACGGGUCCGCGUGCGUGUGCAGCCCCGAGACUGGCCGCUUCGAGUACUACCAACAGAUCACGGCGGAAGUACGAGACGACAUCGAUCAAGCAGGCUUUCGCUUUCGCAAUGGACAACUGCAGCAGCGUGUGCGUGAAGUGCGGUCCGUGCUGGACGCUAUCGUGUCGCAAAGCACAGCACCAACGAGUGUCUUUAAUCAGUGCAAUCUAGACGAAGUGAGCGUAGCUGGACACUCGUUUGGGGCGGCAACAGCCCUUAGUGUGGCACAUCAAGACAAGCGCUUUAAAAAGAUGGUGCUGCUGGACGCGUGGAUGGAGCCACUUGAUGAUGCCGUGCGCGACGGUUUGGGUGCUCGUGUCCCUGCCCUUCAUUUGAUGUCGGAGCACUUUCUACAUUGGCGUCCAAAUGCCAAGAGCACGGAGCGUCACGCACGUGGAUGCACGCACACCCUAUCACGCUUGACAUGGCUGCGAGACACAAGACACAAUAAUUUCUCGGACAUCUCCGUAUUCUCUCCGAUUCUGAAUCGGCUCCUGAAGUCCAUCGGCAAGAUUGACCACUUUCGUGCUCUCCAAGCGAUCGGUGAGUUGUCAGCUGCCUUCUUGGAUGGUGACUUUGACGCUCGUGCAUGCGAGUUUCCUGAAUUAGCUGUUGUCACCACGGUGGAAUAG